UGACAAUGCUGGUGAGAUGAAGAUAGUGUUGUUGCUGCUUCUGGGCUCACGGAGGACGACGAGAGGAAUCUACAAGCCGACAAGAUGAGAUCCAAGGCGAGGGCGAGAAAACUGGCCAAAAAUGACAGCGAGCCAGUGGACAGCAUGUACGACACAGAGGCCGACCUCCCGGGUUUAGCAUCGGGCGGAGGUGGUGCCGACAGCCCAGAAGACGAGGCGGAGGACGGCGUCAUCAACAUGUCCCCGCUGCCAUCGCCGACCCCUUCCCAUCCCAACAACCACCACCACCAUCUGCUGCACCCCCACAUCUACGCCACCCACCACCACCACCACCUCCACAACAACAGCAACAGCAGCAGCAAUGACCAGGACUUCACCACGCCGAAGGAGGGCUCGCCCUAUGAGGCGCCCGUCUACAUUCCAGACGACAUUCCCAUUCCCAGCGAACUGGAGCUGCGGGAGUCCUCUGUGCCCGGUGCCGGCUUGGGCGUUUGGGCCAAGACUCGCAUCGGUGCCGGAGAGAGGUUUGGUCUUCACAACACCCUGCAUCAUGGGGCCACGGGCAAAGACGGCUCCUUCGGAUGGGAGCAGAUGAUGAACGACCAUGAAGACUCCUCCCCUGACAGCUGCAUCAAAAAGGUGGUUGACGAUAUGGGCAACAUCAAGUUUGCGCUGGACACCGGCCCAGACCCCACGGGCAACAGCUGGUUCAAAUACAUUCGCUCGGCGCCAUCAUUUGAGGAGCAGAACCUCGCCGCCUGCCACCUCACCGGAGACCAGAUUUAUUAUAAAGCAGUCCGGGACAUCGAAGCAGGGGAGGAGCUUUUAGUGUAUAUGAAGGACGGCAUUUUCCCCGAGGGAUCCAUGGCACCCAACCUGCAAGACGAGCAGAUGUACAGAUGCGAAGAAUGUGACGAGCUCUUCUCCUCGACGCUGGAGUUGCGGCGGCACCAGAAGUAUUCGUGCUCCAGUGCUUUCGGCGCCCUGCAGGAGGACUUCAAACAGGAACGCGAGGACAGCGACGAGCCCGUCCACGAGUGUAAAGACUGUGAGAAGAUCUUCCCCAAUGAGUACAGUCUGGGCCAACACAUGAUCGUCCACACAGAGGAGAGGGAGUACAAGUGCGACCAGUGUCCCAAAGCCUUCAACUGGAAGUCCAACCUCAUCCGUCACCAGAUGUCACAUGACAGUGGCAAGCGCUUUGAGUGUGAAAACUGUGAUAAGGUGUUCACAGAUCCCAGCAACCUUCAGCGCCACAUUCGCUCCCAACACGUGGGGGCUCGAGCUCAUACGUGUCCUGAGUGUGGCAAGACUUUUGCCACCUCAUCAGGCCUCAAGCAGCAUAAGCACAUCCACAGCAGUGUCAAACCUUUUAUCUGCGAGGUGUGCCACAAAUCCUACACCCAGUUCUCCAACCUCUGUCGUCACAAGCGUAUGCAUGCUGACUGCCGCACUCAGAUCAAGUGUAAGGACUGCGGGCAGUUGUUCAGCACUACCUCCUCCCUCAACAAGCAUCGUCGCUUCUGCGAGGGCAAAAACCAUUACGGUUCUCCGGCGGGGAUGUUCAACCCUGGCAUCCCCAUGAGCUCCAGCCCCAUCAUGGCCAAGGCCAAGUCCCACCAUCCCCAUCUUCCAGGACUAAACCAGUCAGGUCUAGGCUUCACUGACUACUUUCCCUCCAGACCUCAUCCUCAUGCUGGCUUGCCUUUCUCUCCGGGACCCCACGGCUUCCCCUCACUCCCACACGGUUUCCCUGGUAUCUUCCCUCCAUCACUGUACCCACGGCCGACUUUAUUGCCCACCAGCCCAUUGCUAAAGAGCCCCCUAGGAAGCAGCAGCCAGGAGGUAAAGCUGCCUCGGAGUCCAUUAGACGCCCCUCCACUUUCCCUGGUUACGUCCACAAACAGCAAUGGAGGAAACAGCCUGAGUCAGGGGGAAGACAAAGAAAAAGACAGCAAACUGGAUUUGUCUUUGAGUGGAGAAGCAAAGCCAAAAUCUAAGAUGGCAGACAUGUCUGAUGGCAGCGACCUCGAAGACGUCAAUACCACCAGCGGGACGGAUUUGGACACGACCACUGGCACUGCUUCAGGUGAUGGUUCGGACCUCGAGAGCGACGGAGAAAGUGAACGUGAGCGAAGUGGUAAAAGAAGGAAGCCAUCCGGGGCGGUGUCGAGUCAAGAAGGCAGUCAGUUAGAAGACACAAACAGUGCAUUGAUAUCAGCUGUGUCAAGUUCAGGGAACCUCACUGUUGAUCGUCCUUUUCUUUCAUCUGCAUCAUCCCAGCCCUCGUUCUUUCCACCACCUGAUGAGCAAGCCCUCCCGCCCACCUCUACAAAUGCUAACGCAGCCACCACAGAUUCCAUCAAAGCCAUUGCUUCAAUUGCUGAGAAAUAUUUUGGUCCAGGUUUGAUUGGUCUUCAUCAGGAAAAGAAGAUGGGUCCUUUGCCCUACCAUUCUAUGUUCCCCUUCCAGUUCCUGCCCAACUUCCACAACUCCCUCUAUCCUUUCAGCAGUGAUCGGGCUGCCCUCAAUCCUAGCAUGUUUUUCAAGACAGAACCCAAAUCACCUCGUGAGCAGCUGCACAAGAUGGUUUCAGGUGGACCUGGACCUCUUACACCAACAGGAGAGUCACCAUUCGAUCUCACUACAAAACACAAGGAGACCAAGUUAACACCUCCCGCCCCAACAAACCCGUCAAACACCAAUAGUAGCACUGGGAGCAUUAGCGGACCGUUAGCGGUAUCUAGCAGCGAAGAGCAGCCACUGGACCUCAGCAUUGGCAGCCGGAGCCGAGGUGGUCAUAACGGUGUGGCAGCUGAGCCACAAAAUCGCAAAAACCACAUCUACGGAGUUGGAAAGGGCAUCUCCCCCAAGGAUGAAACCCCAGCUGGGUUUCCACAUCCUCAUUCCCAGUCAUUGCACCAAUCUUCUCUUGCCCAGCACCAGCAACCGCAGGCACAGCCGCCACAGCCGCCGCCACUGCACUACGCCAAACCCUCAGCGUUCUUCAUGGACCCCAUAUACAGGGUGGAGAAGAGGAAGCUACUCGAUCCAGUAGGAGCUCUGAAGGAGAAGUUCCUCCGGCCUUCGCCACCGCUCUUCCAUCCUCAGAUGUCAGCUAUGGAGAACAUGACGGAGAAGCUGGAGAGUUUCGGAGCCCUCAAACUGGACGGACCGCCCAAUUCGCUGCAACACUCAGCCCAUCCACUGUUCAACUUCCGCUCACCGCCGCCGUCGCUGUCGGACGCCAUCCUCCGCAAAGGCAAGGAACGCUACGCCUGCAGGUACUGCGGGAAAAUCUUUCCUCGAUCGGCAAACCUCACCAGACACUUGCGGACACACACGGGCGAACAACCAUACAGGUGUAAAUACUGUGACCGUUCAUUUAGCAUCUCAUCCAACCUUCAACGCCACGUCCGCAACAUCCACAACAAGGAGAAACCCUUCAAGUGUCACCUGUGCAACCGCUGCUUCGGUCAGCAGACCAACCUGGACCGCCAUCUCAAGAAGCACGAGCACGAGAACAUUCCUGUGAGCCAACAGUCCGGGAUGCUUUCCAACCUGGGAACCACCAUCUCCUCGCCAAACUCCGAGCCAGACAAUCAUGCACUUUUAGACGAGAAGGAAGACUCGUACUUCUCCGAAAUCCGCAACUUCAUUUCCAACAGUGAGAUGAACCAGGCCUCCAGCUCUACGGAUAAGAGAUCAGACCAAGCUGAGGAGGAGCGUCCACCGAGCCACAGUUUGUCCAACUCCAAGUUGGGUCUCCAGGGCCUGGAGGAAGAAGAGGAGGAGGUGGAGGGCGACGAUGAGGAGGAGGAGGAAGGCAGCCUGACGGAGAAGUCUCACGAUGAAGCGCCCGAGUCCCCGUCUCCGGUCACGACAGGAGCGUAUGAGGAGGAUGAGGAGGAGGAAGAGGCGGCUCCAUUAGCAAUGAGCUACGAACACACUCGCAGGUGUAUAGAGGAGGAGGGCUCUCUCUUGGACCUGGAGGGUCUGCCCAGCUUUCCCAAGAGCCUGGACGGGUUACGUAAAGCAGCCAGCGAAGAGCAGCCCUUUGACGUUAAAGACAUAUUUAACACUUCACUAGAGUCGGAGGCGUUGAAAGAGACAUUGUACAGACAGGCUAAAACACAGGCUUAUGCAAUGAUGCUGUCUCUGUCUGAGAACAACCCUUUGCACGUGCCCUCCCAGAACUCUCUGGACGCUUGGCUGAGCAUGGGAGGUGGACCGUCCGAGACGAGCAGCUUUCACCCACUCAACCACAUCUAGAAGCAGAGAGGAAGAGGAAGAGGGAGGAAGAGGAGGAGGAGGAGCAGGAGGAGGAACUUUAGUUUUGCAAAUGGAUAGAAACUGAAAAAGAAGCUGAGUGGACAUGAGUAGUGGACAGACGUGGAGCAGAAUUCAACAUCACAUACAUUCAAGACUGAAAGAGUGUGUUUGUGAUGAAGAGCAGCAACAA